GAAUAUUUUAAAUAGUAAAUUAAUUAAAAUAUAAUUUUUCAAAAUGAGCUACGACUCUUUAAUAUCUUCUCAAAAGCAUCAAAAUGUAGCGGAACGAAAUGAUAAAAUAGUUAAAGGUUUGAAUUUACAUGAAUUUGAUGACUUGAAGCUAAGGCCAAUAGAUAAACCUUCAAAAGAUUUUAUAACAGCAAUUCAACUAAAUAGAAUUGAAAAUGAAUCAAUUUUUAAUACAAUCAAAGGCUUCAGCAGUAUUGCUGAUAUAUUGCAAAGCAAAGAGCUUCAUGACACCAACGAUGAUCAAAACAAAAAGCCAGAACCUUUAUUCAUUAAACUUCAAAUCAAAGACUCUACAGAAUUGAGUCCUAUUAAUUUAGAAGACUUAAACAAGAUAUGCCAAAAUAAAUCAGCUGUCAUUGUAAUUGAAUCAAUAGUUGAUGAUGACUCUAUUAUUUACUGGAAGCUAGCAGAUUUUGAGAAUUUUUUCUCAUACAAAUCCACAAAGGAGUUGAAUCCAAAAGAAGCCAGAAUUUUAAAUGAAUUUAUUGCAAAUUUUCUUACUGAUUCAGUUCAAAAAAAUCAUUUAGGUUUGAUCAGCAAACUGUCAUUUCAACCUGGAAUCAAAUCAGUCAGUCUUGAUUUACUUGCUGAUUCUCGUGACUUCAACUUGCUUCUAAUUGCAGCUGAGCAUGGAAAUUCAGAAAUUGUUGAAAUCUUACUACAACAAGGAAUGAACACAAAUUCAUUGGACAACAAAAUCGAUGCUCAAACUUUAGCUUGGAAUAAUCAGCAUUUUGAUGUUCUUUGUCAAUUAUUACAAGCUAAUCUCAAGUUUCCAGCUUCUUUUGACACUACUUUGUGUACAGGGAAGUGCAAGGAAUUUUGUGAAGUAACUGAAGAAGUCCAUAAGCUGAUCAAAGCUGAUGACAUCGAGAAACUCAAAGUAAUUUUGAAUCAGUACAAAAAUCUCAAACAUUUUUACAAUUUUACAAAUGAAUCUGCGUUAAAAGUUGCAAUACUUGGUGGAUCAUAUGAAACUUACAAGGAACUGACGAGUAGGAAGUUCAGAUAUGCAUCACAUGAAGAUCCAGCUGAAUAUUUACAUGAUUUAAAUUAUGAUGACAAAAGAAAAGUUCGAGAAAUUCACAAUAAAUUUUCAGAAAGCAUUGUUGACAAGCACAUCAAUGUUCUGGUUGGAAACUCAUUUAUUUAUCAUGAUGCAGUCGAUGGACAAGACAAGCAAGACAUCAUUAGUCGAGCAUACAAGUCACUUGAUUCCAUUCCACUUGUCAGAAUAAUUCUCAAGAUUGUUGCUGCAUCAAAAAAUUUCAAAAUUAUCUUCGACUUCAAUCGCGAGUCAGUGAAUGUGGCAGAUCCAACAGUUGACUCAGACACUCAAGGUCUGUUUUAUGUUUCUGGAAGAGUCUACAUUGGAGCUAAGCAGCUGCUCAAUACUUUGACGGAACAUGAAGCUUUAGCGAAUCUAGCACAUGAGCUUUGCCACUACACAAUGAAUUUGGUCUACAACAACGAUGCAAAACCUUUCAAAGAUGUCGAUUUGAUAACAGAAAAGGAGUUCCAAGAAAUUACAGAAAUUUGUGAAAAAAGUGAGGAAAGAGAAGACAUCAUUGAUAUGGUGUACGAAGCAUAUCCAGAAGAAGUUCAUCAUGCUGAGCUCAUUGUUCGUCCUGUCCACAUGAUGGUUUACUAUCAGAAUUCUCCAGAAAUAUUAGAACAAAGGAAGCAAACUCACAACAGAUUAUUCGAAUUUUAUGAAAAAACAGUAGUUCCAGAUUUGGAAAAAGCUUUACCAGAAAUAGAACGAAGAGAUGAAAAGGCAUUGGAACAAAAGGACCAAAAGAUUUCAAAAUUAAAGAAAAUUUCAAUAAUUGGUGGAGUGUUAGCAGUGCUUGGAGUCAUAGCCGCAAUUAUUAUUGGGUUGAUCUUUUACACUCCGACUUAUACCUUUUCAGAACUUUCACUUCGUGAUCAAAAGACAGUCGCAAACUCAUCAAUAUUGUAUAAAAAUGUAAAAAUUGAUUUUGAUGAUUUAUUUCCUGCAAAUUCAACUGCUUAUGGAAUGCUGACUUCUGAUCAUAUCUCGCAAAUGCUGCAAGGUGAAAUUCUGAACUUUAGUGACCCUCAUGUCCACUAUUUAGAUAAGCUGGUGAUACAUUCAUGGACAAACUUGACAGUAAAGCUGCAGGAGAAAUUUUUAACCUCAAACUUCACAUUUCAGGAUGAAAGCUUGAAAUUUAAAAUUUUCCAUGAGUCAAAUCCAACAGCCUUUGAAUCCCUAACUUCCCAGCAGAUUAUUGACGUGUUAGACAACAAAACGUUGAUCAUAUCCAAUAUGAUUAAAAAUGACACAAAAUUCAUUUCGGAGAGGAAGAUUUUUGAUGAAAACCUAAAUGAGAUUUACUACGACUUCAUACAUUUUAUGAAUGGAAAUGAUGAAUCAUGCAGAUGUGAAUGUCUUAAUAUGACUGGAAGCACCAAAACUUUUGAGAGCUAUUACGAAGAGUUCAGAAAUCAAAGCCUCAAUUCUCAAAUCAAGAAACUCGAUCAAAUAAGAAGAAAAGAAACUUACACAGUAUGUCCAAUUGAAGGCUACAAAAUCAAGACUUAUAUGUACCCAUAUCCCGUAGCUGAAACUUUGCUCUCUCACACAUCCUUACAAUUUAACUUUAAUGAUGUUCUUAAGAUUGCUAAUGAGACGAAAAUGUUUAUUUUAUCAGCAGAAGCAGGAACUGGAAAGACAGUCACAUUUGAGCAGUUUACGAUGAGAAUCAAAAGGAAAUUUUUAACUCGUUGGGUUUCUUACAUUGACUUGAAAGAUCAUAAAGAUUUGUACAAGGCUGUUGAGACUUUUGAUGAUGUAAAGGAGAUGCUUGGGAAGAUUUUUGGACUUACCGAUGAGAAUAGAUUUGUUAAAGAAGUUUUUGAGGAACUUUUUAUGUCUGGUGAUGCAAUUUUGUUGUGGAAUGGAUUUGAUGAAAUUUCACCGGAGUUUAGUGAGCCAGUUCUGAAGAUCUUAAGCAUAAUAAGGAACAAUACUAAAAAUAUUCAGUUUAUAUGUACAAGACCACUUUAUACAGAACAACUGAGAGAUAAAUUUAUGACCAAAACCUACACUUUGAUUCCAUUCACUGCUGAAGAGCAAGAAAACUUUGUAACCAAGUUCCUGAUAGCUAACAAAGUUGACGAGUCAAUGAUCCCAAACUACAUCCAAAAGGUUCAAAAAAUAGUUAAUUCUACUAAUUCAAAAGAAGGCUUCGACACGCCAUUGUUACUUGGAAUGAUAUCCGAACUAGUCUCAAGUGACGUCGAAAUUUAUGAGACAGAAAACUUGUAUGAACUUUACAGGAAGUUCGUUGAGAAGAAGGUUCAAAUUUGGCAAGAAAACAGUGCAUUUGCUAAGCAGUUCCUAAAUACUCUUGUGACCAGUGGAUUCAGCAUUAAGAACUUACAUCAAAGGUAUGCAAUGAGACAUGAACUUCAGUCUGGCGAUUACUCUUACAAAUUCGCAUAUUUCAAUGCAUUAAAACUUAAAGUCAUGCGUCAAAAAGUCCCAAAAGGAUUAACAAACGAUGAAGUUUCAAGGAUGGGCAUUUUGUUCAUUAAUGGACCAAAAACUUUCAAGUUUGCUCACAGAACUUUUGCUGAAUUCUUCGUGGCUCAAUAUUUUGUUGAGAAUAUUUACUUUGCAGAUGAUGAGCCGACAGAUGAGGAAGCAGAACGAAGAAUCCGUUUGUUCUUCCAGACUUUCAAUUAUCCAUUCUACAGAGUCAGAACAUUCAUUAAAUCCUUCCUUGAAACAAUUGCUGCUAAUGAAACUCAGGCAUUUGAUUCUCAAGUGUCCAAAGUAUUAAGAACAAAAUUCAAAAGACUUUAUUUCAACAGCAUGAAGGAACUGAAUGAGAUCCCACUGCUGGAAUUUUGGGCAAAAGACAACAAAGUUCUUGCUGAAUUGCUUCAAGUUGAUGCUGACGAAACUCUUUACACAGCAACUUAUAAUUAUGUUUACUAUCCAGGAUCAAAAGAUCGAAUCAUGUACCACGCUGGAAUUAAAGAAUUUGGCAAAAAGCACCUCGUUAAUUCUCAAUUUCAAAGUUUUAUUAGUGACAAAAAUCAAAAAGGAAUUAUUCUGUGGAGUUCUUACUGCCUGAGCUCAAAGAUAUUUAUUCUAAGAGAUUAUGGAUUUAGCUUUCAUGAUAAGUUCACAUUAGAUGACGAACUGCUCAAAAAUGAUGACUUUAUCUACGUUUUUGAGUCAAUAGCAAAGAAUCUUACAAAAUCUGAGCUUAAAGCACUUUUGAGAUCUGAAAUAAUUUUAAAUCCUGUUGAUUUGGUCAGCGGGUAUGUCCGGUACAUCUUUAACGAAACAGUUUGGAAUAUAAUUGAAGAAAAUUUAACAGUUGAGGAACAAAAGGAUCUACUGGCGAAAUUCUUUGGUUCUUCAUCGAUUUUGUACAGCUACGACAACCUCAAUUUCGGACUGAAGAAAUUAGAAAAAUUCUACAAAAGUUCAGAAGUUUACGAAUUCUUCUUAAAAACUAAAAUUCUGACAACAGCUGCGAAUUUCCGAACCUACACUUUCCAGCCUUUAUGGAACUUCUUUACAAAUCACACGGAUUUGGAGCAACAGAAGUCAAUAAUGACUCAAGUAGUUCAAAAUGAAUGCAUUUCACGACCAUUUAAAGCUUUUGAGCAGAUCAAAUAUUGUUACGUCUUUCCACCACUCAACAUGCUGCAAACUUCAUUAUUCUCAUUUGAAAGCCUGAAUUCAUUCAAAGAAAUUUCAAAGAUUUAUGAAACUUAUUUCAACAGAACUGAAAUGCAGCAAAUAAUUUUUUCAGGUUCCAAUGAAUUUUUGCCUGUUUUAAUGGUGCAGGGGGACCAUGAUCUUUGUGAGGAAACUGCUGGAUAUUUAGAAAGAAUUUUCAUUGGAAAUAAGGAGCUUUUAAAGAAGUUUUUGCUCAAUGAAAUUGAACCUACGAACUUAAAUGUCUUUGAACUUUUUAGCGAUUUUAAUGAUCCAAAAAAUUGUAUUGAGUCAUUUAGUAAGUUGCUUAAAGCUUAAAUGAUAGAAAAUUUUAUCAAGA